AAAUGUUGCAAGGUGUCUAGUGGAUCCUGGCCAAAAAGUAUGCACGGCAGCUUAAUGCUUUAAAUUAAAGUGAUCAUUACUUUUGUGCCUUAGUCUAGUAACGUUUAAAUUAUAUCUAUUUUUGUUGUGAAACUGUUCUUAUGGCGUUUACCUCAAGAGUUCUAAAUAAAGAUAUCAACUUACAGCCAGUUAGUAAGUAAAAUAGCUUGUUCGUAUAUUCCAUUAGAGACUUAGACUUAAUCUUGGUACACGAUUCAUAAUUCACUAAAUUUGUCUAGCUAGAUGUAAGCUGAGUAAGUGUUAAUAAGUUUAGAAACACUGUGCCUGCUUAAAGGAAUAUUUAUAAGGUUUGACAGGUAUUCUUAUUGAAUUAAAAUUAUUUGUGUUCAAUUAUUUAAAUACCUUGAACAAUAAUUCAAAAGGGUUUUCGUUCUGCAUCUGAUACAUUGUUAAAAAUGAUAGCCACAAAAAAAUUCACGAGUGUCGUCACUUUCACAGUUAGAUUCCGAUAUCUAAUCCCAGGUCGUGACUCAGUUCUACCCCAUUCAAUCACUCAAAUCAACCCCUAGUCUACUCACAUACCCUAGUCAAAACUCACCUUACCCACAUCCCAAAACUCUGAUUAACCCUCAACCCAUGUCUUAAUUCUAAAACAAAAUCCAGGACAUAACUCUGCUUUACGUCUGUUACCAAGUCUACCCCCCCCCCCCACAGUAAAUGGUUCCAAUUCCAUUCCUUUUCUCGAAUCUACAACUAAUCCAAUUCUAACCUCUACUCCCUUUUUAUUGCUCAAAUCUUCUCUAGACCAAUACUCAACGACCCCCUCCCCGGCCUGUGCUAAACUCUACCACCAGUCAUGUGCUUAACUCUACAAAAAAUCAAGGACAAAAACUUUACUCCUUUCCCCCACUUAACCUUUCCUUCGUCUAGUGAUUAGCUCUAUCCAUGCCAGGGUAAACUCUACCCCAAAUGUUUAAAACAACUCUCCAGUUAAGAUGACUCAAGAUAUCAUCAGACCAAGACAUAACAAUCCAUAUACAUAAACUUACCAAUAACUGCUCUGUAACACAUUCUCUGACAUGCUAUUUCUUAGUGCGUUAUGUCAGUAGCAUGGUCACUUGUUUUAUAUUAAUGAUUCAGGAUGCCGGCUGAGAUUUCUUCCAUUUUCCACUUACUUAUCCACUCACUUAUCCAGGCACACACGGAAGUAUACUGAAUUCUGGUUAAACUUACAGUACUUUAUUAUAUCACACUUUACACUGAUAAUAUUAAUAAUAAUCCUUGCAUGAAUGUAAUCAUUUCACAUAUAUAUAUAAUAUUUCACCUCUCAGAAAAAACACGUCCUCACUCAGCUCCACUAUUCAAUCAACUGCCCCUUUUAUUACCCAGCAAAGCAUGGAAACGACCGCUUUACAAAAAACUUAAUUUACUCUCCAAAAACGUGGAGCUCACAUUUGCUUCUCAAAAAUACAAUUCACUCUCUCUCCUCGUGGAAAAUAUGUUCAACACAGUUCACUGUUCACUCAUGCUACCUCUCUGGUUUCUUGUGAAAACAUGGUCUGUUACACACUCCUACUGAAUGGAUGGAUCUUGACCAAACUUAUUACACAUAUACUUGACGAUCCAUUUGCAAACACCAAAGGGUACUGAAAUCAUAAAAUGCACCUGUCUAGGGCCGGGGGGGGGGGCUAUUUUUUUGUUCCUUAUGUAAGCAUUGUAAAAACAAAUCGGCAUAGACAACACUAUAUGUUUUAUUACAAUGUGGCCAUUCAACUAGUUCCUUACUCUCUAUAAUUAUAUGUAUGCAUCAGCACACAUCAAAUAUAUUGAAAUAAUGCGCACAAUAAAUUCAAGCACAAGUUCUCCAGAGAACUGGCUGUCACCGCAUUUCUGUCAGUUACCAACAAGCCCGCCAAGGGGAACUUAGAGAACAAACCGUCUCAGACUUAUGGGACCUUGACACCACAUGGCAUGAACGACAUUUUCUCCUUCUCUUGUGAAAUCUCUUCUCACUCCCCUAUUACUGCAACGAAUCUUAGUGGACUUACGUCUCCUUUCUUCCGCCCCCUAUUGCCAGCAUUAACUCUCUUACCUAAAAAUGUUCCAUCACAAUUGUCUUGCCGUCCUCUCGAUAACUGUAAUGUUUCUUUAAAUUUUAUAUUGUCUUGUUCGCCGAAGAAGGCUUAUUGCCGACACUUGUCUUGUUUUGUUGCGUUCUUUAUUUCAGGAUUUCCCAUACUUUGUUUCGCGUAAUUCCUUAUAAACUCACCAGUUUGUUGUCUCUCCCCUUUAUCCGCAUACACGUUGAAUCUCACGGCCAUAAAAAGUCGCGAAUUAUACAUUUUAACUUUAUAAAAAUGUGAACGUAAAGACUAAAUUUUCAUCUCUGUCGCCGAAGUUGGAGGACAGUUAGCCUAGAAAGACGUAACUAUUGUUUUUGAUUCUCAAGAGGAUCUCACGACACAUCGGUUUGGAACCACCUGAUUAAGGGAUUUUUUUUUUACAAUCUAUGUAUAUUUGAGAAGCCUUUGUCGUUUAAAGAAGAAUUAUGGUCUUAGGGAAGACAUGGGUCAUGAUAUAGAUUAUUAUAUUUAGAUAAUAAAAUUCACUUGAAAAUUACACCUUAUUGAAUAAACAAAAGUAAGGAUCUUCUAAGAAUGAAUACUCUCAUCCUCCAUCAUCACCAACUCUUUUUAUAAUUAAUGCAGUGAGAUAUUAUUAUAAAUACGUUUUUAAUUCUAUAAAAUGCUAUUAUGUUUUAGUUCAACUGACGAAAGUAAAAAUAUUUGAUUUAAAGUAUUAUUUUGGGGCGAUAGCAACAUUUUCAAAUCAUCUUGAAACCACUAAUGCCUUCUUAAAAAAGCUACAAAACAAAUAAAAAAUUUUACAGAUGUAACUCGAACCAUUCCAUAGGCAAACGUCAUAUCUUCUUUCCUUUGAGCAGUAGAUUUGAUUUUCCAUUAGUGAUGUGUCCUUGUCAAAUCCCAAUCAUAGUUUUUUUGAGUUUUUCAAUAAAUUAUUACAGAUUUUUAGAAUUUCAUGAUGUCGGAAAGUAAUGCUGAAGGAUGUGAUGAGGCCAAAAGGUAACAUUAACGAGAUCAACUUGCCGUGCUACAGACAUGUAAUUCUCUAUAAAAUUUCAAAAUAAUUUUGGGGGUAUUAUUUGUUAAACAUUUCAAUUUCUUAAGACUUUAAAACCCACGAAAUUUAAACUUUUCACUGCAGUCACAUAGAAAGUAAAUUUUUACAUUACUUAACUUUUCUGUCAUGCUUUAAUAAAAAUUUUAAUAAAUUUAUCUUAUCCUUCUGAAAAAAAUAAUUGAAGUGAUUUAAUUUACAUUAAUUGAAGAUUUCAAUCGCAAUUAAUUCUUUGAAACACUGAUCAGAGGGUCAGGUGAUGUCCAGCAAAGUCAAGACAAGAGUCAAUCACAAGCGCAAAGAAAUGUUGACAGGGUAAUGUAACUAUAAACCCAGAAAUCAAUUACAAAUCUUAAUUACAAAGAAAUAAAAAUGUUUCAUUUAGUUUUUAUUUGCAAUUAUUAAUGAUUUCUCCUUCAAUUUAUUUAAUUUUAAUUUUUUUUUCUUCCUGAAAUGAAGUAGUCGCUUUACGAAAUAUUCUAAAACUGCAAAGUACUUCAUGAAGUUUAACUAUAAUUUAUUAAAAAAGUAUUAGUGUUUAAAUUUUUAUAUAUCCAAUAAACAUUUGGUAUUUAUUUGAAAAUACAUAUUAAUUAGAUUUUAUACACUAUUUGGGACAUAGCUAUUUUUCAUGGGUGAUUUAAUUAUAUUUACUUAAUAAAUGCCAACAACAGCCCAAGUCAACUGCUUCAAAAUUGUUUUCAGUUCAAAUUUUGACGAUAAAUAUUAUCAUUUUAUGCCAAAUGAUAGUCUUUCAGUUAAAACUGGCUUGAAAACUAUAACAUUGGCAUAUACAUUUAUGUAUAAUAACCACAAAUAAUAUAAAUGAGGCAUUUUAAAAUUUAAAUUUUAUUAAGAAUUAGUCCUACACAUAAUAAAUAUAUAAUUACACACACACACACACACACAUACACACAUACACACAUACAUAUAUACAUAUAUAUAUAUAUAUAUAUAUAUAUAUAUAUAUAUAUAUAUAUAUUAUAUAUAUACACACACACACACACACACACACACACACACAUACACACAUAUAUAUAUAUAUAUAUAUAUAUAUAUAUAUAUAUAUAUAUAUAUAUAUAUAUAUAUAUAUAUAUAUAUUUGACAGCCGUUUAAAUUUUAAAUAUACAAUAACUUACUCCAUCUUAGGUGUACUCAGAGCGAACAAAGAGAUUUUAUCCAGUUCAAGGUACUCGAUUAUCAGCCAUUGAAAAUAUUAACAAAAACAUAGCUUUUAAAUUCACUGGUGAAUAUUCAGUAGACAAAAAUGAGCUAAUCGGCCAUCUUAAUGUCUUACUGGACAUCUAUGAUUUCAACAAGACGAAUCGAGUCAAAGUUGCGGUAUUUCUUAAUCAGUACAAGAUAACAGGUAACUUAAAUUAAUACUUUCUAUCAAAUAUUUGGAAUAGAAAUCAUAAAAACGAUAUGAAAACAGAAAAUCUAAAUUAAUUAAAUGCAUACAAUUUAGUAAACACAUUCUUUAUCAAAUUGACACAUUUGGAAAAUUUGAUAAACAUCACCAGAGAAAUUGAUGGACCUACUGAAGAGUGAUGGGCAAGAUAGCAGCAGCCUAAGACCUGUCGUAUUGGAACUGUGCCAGAAGUUUUCCAGUUGCAGCGACGUAUUCUGCCAGGUAGUCAAUGAGAAAAAUGUACAACAUACUUCAGCAUGACUCAUUUUUUUUCUGCUCACCAAUUAUGAAAUACAGUAUGCGCCAAAAUGAUCAGUACUGAAACUUCCGCGUAAAAGCAUACCUAGCAUUUCUCUACUUGACACACGAGGGGGGGGGACUGGAGAUAUGCACCGUUUACCAAGCCACGUAUGCGGGAAUUUCAAUACUGUUACUGUUUGGCUUCUUAUAUCGUCUAGAGUUUUCUCUAAAUUUUUGUUUAAUGACAACUCAAAAACCAAACAGCAUGGCUUCCGAGUACACAAAAAUCAUGGGCUUCUAUUCAGUGAUGAUAACAGUGAAGUGUCUGUGACAAACCACUAUGAUGAUUAUAAAAUAUCAAUAGAAAAAUCUCAAAUUUCGUUAAAAGGCUCUAGAGAUUCUAUCUGUAGUAAUUUAUUUCAUUAAGUACCUGAGUGUUUCAGGAAUAAGCUAAUUAUUUCACUUGAUAUAGUUGUUUUGUAAAUGUCCAUCGAUCAGACAACUUUUAGGUCAAAAUACUUGCAAAUUUAAAAAAAAAAAAAUUCAAUAUUCCUAAGUUUUUUAUUGAUUCAUCAAAAGGUUGCGUUUUCUAGCAAAAUUGAAAGUGAAAUAAAAACAAAAUUCUAUAACAAAAUCGUUAACCUGUCAUAUACCAUUUUCAUACAAAUAUGACUACUUUUAUGGCUCAAUUUAAUUAGUUGUAUUUUUUUUUAAAUCUGCAGGAGCUUGCAAGAUGUUUAGCUGUUCCAUUUUUUACAGCGUGUAUCAAAUCGAGUUUAUCAGAACCAGGAAAGGUAAAUAAUGAUAAUAAUUAUAUUUUUUCGUGUUUAAUACAAAUGGUAUUUUUCAUUUUGAUUUGAAAUAAUGCAGAAAACAAACUAAUUUUAGGCAGUAAUUAGAGAGAGAGAGAGAGAGAGAGAGAGAAUUGAUUUCCGGCUAAAUAAAUAGACUCAUUGGAUUUUUAUCCUUUAUUUCUAAUACAAUUGUACUGUUAUGACCAUUCUCCCUUUGUGUUUAAAAAAAAAAAAAUGUACACGAGCCUUUUGCCUGUCUUUUCCUAAUCUGACCUCCACCACCCCUUUAAAUGUAUUGUGAGUUUAAAUUACUUACCCUUUUCUAUACCACUCAAGAAAUCUCAGCACAUCUUUUCACGUUAAUACUAUAGAAAUGUGUUUUGAUCUUGUACAUUAAAUUACUUUGGACAAAAAAUAUAGUGUGUGGCAUUAAUUAAGCUUUCCUUUGUGUUUUUAAAGGACUCUAAUGAAAAUGUCAGAUGCUACAUCGUCAUCCUGCACAAUAUUGCUGUGAAUAAAACGAACUCAGACGAAUUUGUCUUGGCCAAGACAGUCGAGGUAAAGGGUACACUUGAACUUACAUAAUUUUUAGUUGACGUAUUUUUUGGGUGUCUUUUUAAAUAGGCAUGUGAUAACAAACAAUGCAGGUGAUUAGCAUUCGAACAUAUGAUAUUGGGUGAUUAUCACCAAUUGCAGUAUACAUCAGCAACGCAUUGUUAAGUCAGCUUUCCUGUGUUGAGGAACAGGUUAAAGUUUCGAUCAUAAUUGGCACAACGAUAUGAAUACCAUUGAAAUUAAGAAAUAUUGCUUUGACAAACAGCUUUAUGUUCCAAUAUGAAUACCCAUACGGGAAAAGCUAAGGGUAGUACAUGGGUCACAGAGUCUACUCAGGGUGAAUAUAUUUGGUAAAUUUCCGCUUUUUCUCGAGUUGCACGAUCUGCUCUAUGAAAAAUGGCUGCACUUUCUUCUCUGGCAGUGUCAACGUUGUUUCUUCCGGGGUGAAGAUUAUUCACCCCUUCUCACUAGAAUGUCCUGCUAUGUUCAAUGGGCGUUCGGUUUUCCAGAUUUGCCUUUAGAAUAACGUAAUGCUCAAAUUGGAGCAUAUCACCCCCAUAAACUCUAACACUACAAACUACAUAGCAACAGCUACAGGAAGACAUUAUAGCUACACCACAUACACUCACUAAAAUGUAUAUAAAGAUGACGGACACACUAUCUACAGCGUUAGACAUAUAUAUAUAUAUAUAUGUAUGUAUCUCCAUAUGAUUCCACCCCCCCCCCUUUUUCAUCAGCUAAGAUGGCAUAGUUUUUUUUAAGGUUUCAUGGAAAAUCCACAGAAAACCGUUCGGAUACGUUAUGCGAUAAAAAAGCCAAAUAUGUGUAUUACCAAUAUAUUUGAUAUGUGUAUUACCAAUAUAUUUGAUAUGUGUAUUACCAAUAUAUUUGAUAUAUGUAUUACCAAUAUAUUUGAUAUGUGUAUUACCAACAUAUUUGAUAUGUGUAUUACCAAUAUAUUUGAUAUGUGUAUAACCAAUAUAUUUGAUAUGUGUAUUACCAAUAUAUUUGAUAUAUGUAUUACCAAUAUAUUUGAUAUGUGUAUUACCAAUAUAUUUGACAUUUCAUAAAUAUUUUAUUCUAGGUACUUGAAGAAGUCGUUAGUAACAGCGAGGCUCAUUUGAUGGUCCUUUCACUGCUGACACUGACUUAUUUCUACACUCCUAUAGCUCUAAGGAAGCUUAAAAUUAACAUAGGUAAAAUAAAACACUUUUGGUGGAGGUUUAAUCUAAUAUUGGUGUUUGGUGAUGAGCGCAAGAGGGUAAAACUAAGAUGCUCACAUUUCUAUUAUCUUUUACCCUCGUCAUUGCGCGUAUUACGUCCUAUAUCGAUUGGUCACUCCCUAAGAUUUUCAUGUAUUUUAAUAUUGUUUAUAAUUUAGUUCUCCAUAUAACUAAAGCAGUUAUUUCUUGGGUCAAUUAAAGUGGACAUUUUUUUGUUCUCAUUCACUCAGUGUCAUACCUUGACUUCAUGCCACCCGGGUCAAACUCUCAAAAUUGCCCCUCCUCCCCCCACCCUGGCAUAUUAACAGUAUAUUCAAUAAAGAAUUGCUGCUUAAAUAUAUAUAUAUAUAUAUAUAUAUAUAUAUAUAUAGAUAUAAAUAUAUAUCACGAUCACGUUACAUAUCUAUAACAGUUGAUUCCUCUUAACAAAUAUCAACAAAUUUAUCCGCCUCGGCUCAAAGCCGCAAUUUGAUAAUGAGCAAACGGCAAUAUAUUAUUGAAAUUGGGCACUGAAAAUUUUUUUUUUACACAUUGGUAUAGACAGAAUGCCGGAAUAAGUAUCCGUGGGCCGUAACGAUAAAGUGCAAGUCUCACCCAAUUCGGUAUUUUCCGGGAUGUUACAGUCAGUGGGAGUUAGUGCGGUAAAUUAGCAAUUUUAUAAGCAUGUUUUAACUUAAAUAUGUUAAAGCAUCUUUGUUAAUUUUUUUUUAGCGACUGACACUACCAAAAGAUAACGUUGUAGACUUUAAUUUAUUCGUGUUUUGUCCUAAAGAUAUUUCCUGAAGAUAUUAUUUAAUAUUACUGUACACAUAGGGAUCGACGGUAUUGACACGUUGGCCAAUUAUAUGGUUAAAAAAAUCAACAACAACUGAAUAAUAAAAUGUUUACAGUAAUGUACAAAUCCUAUAUUAAUGCUGAAGUGGCGUGAUUCAAAUUCAAGAACAACAAAACAGAGAGCUAUCCUAAGUAAUUGGGAUGUCACAAUAGAGAUGUAGCUCACUUUCACUUUGACAUUCCAAUGCAAGAAAAGUGAGAGGGAGAAAUUAAUAAAAAGUACUGUUUUUUUUUUUUUUUUAAGAAUUUUUUUUUUUAUUUUAAUAACUAAUUCACUAAUCCAUGUUGCUUAUUUAACACACACCCACACACACACCCACUAAUAAAAAAAAAAAAAAAAAAAAAAAAAAAAAAAAAAAAAAAAAUGAAACCACUAACCCCCUUUAGUCCAAAGAGUAUCCACCGCAGAAGUGUGUCAACUGCUUAUUGGAGCGCUUACGUUUUUAGAGAAAAUUUCAUUUUAUUUCUUAAAUAGACUUGCGUGUACACAUUUUGAGGCAGUUGAAAUAUAUGUUAUUGUUCUUUUGUAGACUUGUAAAGGGGCUGAUAAUAUGUGUUUAAAACUUAACUUCGAUCACAGUAAGUCAAAUUGACACGUAUCGAAAGACUUAUUGUAUUUAAAUAAUCUUUAAAACUAGAAGCUAUUACAUAUUCGAUGUUAGAUGUAUGUCUGUACGUUUUAUAGUUUUAUACACUAAUACCGGUAUGCUUUUCAGGAUCUUCUUUCACAGUUCUUAUCGAUUUACUUCGUGACACCUUUGAAAAUACUGAAGGAACAAGCAGAUCAGGCUUUAAGGCUUGGACGCUUCUUUCUGAGCUUACAAAAUUGGCAGAGAAUAAGGAACUACGCGAUCAGGUAAUGUAGUCAUGCUACUUUAGUUUAGUUAUAAAUUGUGUGAUUUCUUUAAGUUAUAUGUAGUACGCUAAAUACAUUUCUGUUUCUGUUAUGCGUGAGUAGCUAUCACAUUGGGCCAACUCCAUAACAAAUAACUCUUUAAAUAUUCAAUAUGUUUCAUUUUAGUUUAAAACAAUUGUUUUAAUGUUACUGUUCCAAUUUAAAAUCUAAUAUAAAUAUAUAUAUAUAUAUAUAUAUUGAUUAACAUAAUAUAAAUACAAAAUGUUUCCAUUUCAGCUGCAGUGUAAAGAGAUCUCAACAAUCGUGAACUUCGCCAUGUGUAACACUCAUGACCAAAAUGAAAAACUGACCUGUGAAAAGUUUUUGAAUAAAAUUGGAUACUUUGGCAGUGCUUUACAAACCGCUUCUGUUGGAAACAGGCAAAUAGCAGGUUUGAAAGUCUUCAUAAAUAUUCUUCGUAAAAAAAAAUAUUUUUGAAAUUUGAAAGGCUGAAGGUUUAUUAAGAGGAUUUAUAAUGAAUCGAAGUUCUAACAAUCAGGUGUUUGUGUACUACAUUUUUGAACGUAUGUUAGUAAAUUUUUAAUGAGGAGGUCUUGUAAAAUUAAUAUUUUUGGCGUUUAACAGUUAUGGUUUAUUUUUAUCCAACAUAAACACUAUUUAAAUAGUUUAGAACUAAUCCUUUUACAGUAGUCUGUGUUUCAGCAUUUGCCUUAAAUAACAUUUCAUCAUUAACUCUCUCUCUCUCUUUCACCCUCUCUCUCUCUGUAUAUAUAUAUAGGUAUAUAUAUAUAUAUAUAUAUAUAUAUAUAGAUAGAUAGAUAGAUGAUAGAUAGAUAGAUAGAUAGAUAGAUAGAUAGAUAUAGAUAUAAACAUCACAUGGCUUUUAAUUGACAUCUUCGUCGUUAGUGACAUUUGUGUUAUGUAUAUUAUAACUGUUUAAAAAAAUAUGAUCUGACAAAAUUUCUUACUUUUAAAAAAAAUGGCAGCGGUUAAACCCAUGGUGAAUUCAUCUGUGAACAGUAAGGCUGACGUUAAAAAUUGGUCAACUUCAACUGAUGUAAGUUACCGACGAUAAGUUUAAAGUUAAUUGCAUUGUGUAUACUUAACGUGCCAAUUGGUAAAUUUAAAAACGGAUACAUAAAAAAAUAUUUCAGCAUAUAUAAACAAUGCUAUACAUUUAAUAAAAUUGUUCAAUUGGAAAUAAAUGUCAUAUAUUUUAAAAUUAUUAUUUAACAUAUACUCUAUGAAAAUAUUUUUAAAAUCUUUAAUGCAAGAAUAAGAAGUACAUAUUUUAAAUUAUCACGCCUUUUUAGAAAAUUGUUGUAUCAGUCAAAUUUUAUUUCUAUCUAUCUAUCCAUCCAUCCAUCAAUCCAUCCAUUCAUCAAUCCAUCCAUCCAUCCACCCGCCCACCCACCCACCGACCCACCCACCGACCCACCGACCCACCCACCCAUCCAUAUAUAUAUAUAUAUAUAUUUAUAUAUACUUUAAUGUAACUUUUAAUAUGAUAUCUCCAUAUUAUAGAAUUCAGAAAUCACUAAGGACACUGAAGAUCAGACCAUUAAAUAUGAACAGGUAUUGACAGUCACACAAACAAUAAAAAAUCCUGAUGAUGGGCGUAAAAAGAAAACCUUAAGUUUGACGAACAAAAAUAUAUUUUGGAUAUAAAAUUGGUUAGACAAAUUUUCAGUUGGGGUUUACUAUCCUAUUUAAGCAUAAAAAUACUAACACAUUUUAAAUAUUAUGUCCUUGAUAUUAUUUUAUUUUAUUUUAAAUAAUUAUUAAAUUUUGCCAAUUUUAAAAUUAUCUCCGUUUAUUUCCAUCUUCAGGGUUCUCGUGGUGAUUCCAAACAUCUGAGAUAUUUGGACAUACUGCUGAUUGGAAAAACCGGCAAUGGCAAGAGUGCGACCGGUAAUAUGAUCCUUGGACGGAAUGUAUUUAAGAGUCUGCCAAGCAGCUCAUCCGUGACAAAAGAAGUGGAGUACGAUUGGGUCAGAUUCGAAGACUGUUGCCUGAAAAUAGUUGAUGGGCCUGGUGUGGCGGACACUGACAAUAUUAAGGACUUCGACAAGGCCACACAGUUCAUUGUUGAGAAGAUGAAGCAUGCGGUAACAUUCAGUCCCGCCGGCUACCACGCGUUUCUGCUCGUUGUUAAGUAUGGGAACCGAUUUACAGCUGAAGACCAUGUUUGCAUAAAAAUGCUUAAAAGUAUAUUUGGCCAAGACUUUGUCAAGAAUUUCUGUAUACUGUUAGUAACUGCUGGAGACAUGUUCGUGGCAGAUAAUCCCGACAAAAGUUUUUUAAAAUGGUGUGAGGAGCAGGACGGUAUAUUUCGAGAACUUUUACAAGAGUGCAACAAUCGGGUCUUGUUGUUCGACAACAAGACAAAAGACUUAAACGUGAGGUAUGCUCAAGUUAAAAAUUUAAUUGAGACUGUUGAUAACUUGCAGUCUGGAGGAAAACGAUACACUGAUAAAUAUUUUGAGGAAAUAGCUGCAGAACGCGAUAAAUUUUUCUUGGAAUGCAAAGAGCCCAUGAUUAAGGAAGACACCGUGAUUAAGACUAAUUUUAUAAUGCAGGAUCUCGAAGAGAUCUCAGGUUUAGAGGAAGAGGAUCAGAGAGUUAAACUCAUCGAGCUUAACAUAAGAGCAACUGAUGUUAAAGGUGACAUUUUAGUUAUUGACAGAGGAACUGGCAUCCUCAAAGAAGCAGUUGAGACAUUGGACGGUUUGUUGGCAUUGAUAAAAGAUAAAAUUGAUUCACUUGAGAAAUUCGCCAACCAAAAACAAGGUCGGUCCCAAAAGCAUCAUGAUGUUGUAAUUGAGUCCAAAGUAACACCUGAAGGUCAUGCAAAGAAGAGAGCCCCAGGUUUGGAGUGUCAGGAAUCGGAGGAGCACAAGCUGAUAGAAGAAGAUGAAAAUGAUCAGAUGCGCUCAAAUUUUGAUUAUCCAUUACAGGUUCCGUGUUCAGAAACUGUGACAGACAAAGAGUUACCAAUAGAAUUCGACGACGUUGCAAGGUCAAAACGAUCACAACCUAGACAGGCAUUUAAGAUCGAAACUCAAAGGCAAGGUGUUGCGACAGACAAGGCUUUAUCCGAGAAGGAGGAGCAAAUAAAACAGUUGCAAGGAAAAUUGAUAGAGACUCAAGGUUUGGCCCUUACAUUUAUAUCGGAUAGAGAGGAACGUGAAGAAAGACUUAGAAAAGAGGUCCAGCUAAAACUAGAUCAAAUGGCGUUAUAUCAAGAGUGUAAGAGAUUAAUGGACGACACGAUGAGGAGAGCCUCAAAUAAAAAGAAACCCAGAUGCACGUUGUCGUGAAAUUUCCUAUCAGCACAAUUUUUUUUUUAAAGAGAUCCC